AUGCCUAUGCAAGACUACAUUUACCGUGUGUUGAGAGAUGACGAAAAUACAGCAGAAGGUCUUAAAGCCAGAAAUCCCGAGGCAAACAUAACUCCAAGCUCGCACAUUGCGGGCAAGAAGGUUUCUCAAUAUAUUUCGACUACUGCAACUCUUGAAGCUGCGAAGACGUUUUUAGGUCUAGCAAAAGACCGAAACAAGAAGAAGAAGAUUGCUCAGAAGACAUACAGAAUUGUGCAGAUAAAUGUUAAAAAGCUGACGAAUGUCAAAAUUAUCGAUCUUUCAGAUCCUGCAGUGUUGGAUAAGUAUAUUCCAAAAGAUCCAGAGAAUCCAAAAUACAACAGUAUGUUUCGUAACUGGGCGAAAAAAUACGAAGAAGUUCUUGUCGCAGGCACCAUACCCGCCAAAUGUAUCGAGACUAUACUAGAUGAAGUGGCAUCAGAUAACUAUGAUCCGUCAGACUAUUCAGAAUCCGAGGAUUUAGUUUCUUCCUUGUCGGAUGACAUGUCGGCACUUAGCGUAAAAAAAUAA